AUGCUGGCUUUUGUUCCACGGGCUGUUACGUGGCCCCCCUCCAAACCGUUACAAAGUGAUGGUACAAACCUCGGUGGUGCAAGACAGCAGUGGAAGCAAAUCCCCAGAGAAGCACCACAAGAAGUGGUGAGACUGGAGUGUAAACUGGUGACUGGAGUCAAAGCCGUGUUUGUAGUAUUAACGAAUGACAGAGGAUUGACUCUUGCUCUCUGGGAUUUUGAGUCGCAAGACGUGACCUAUUACCCCUGUGGCAAACAGAGCGUUUAUGUGGAUUGCAGUGAAGAGACUCCGUUAUGCCUCCUGCUGACAGAGCGUGGUCUUUCCUUAAUUCUAUUUGGUUUAACUCAAGAAGAGUUUUUGAAUAGAUUGAUGAUCUAUGGCAGCGCCGGAGUCGUGGAUUCUGUUUGUUAUCUCAACGGAUGGGAGCGAUGUUCAAUUCCAAUGCACGCACUGGAGGCAGGCUUGAAAAAUCGUCAGCUAGACACAGCAGACUUAUUUUUAAAAAGCAAAGAAAAUCUCUUCAAGCUGUCUGCACCCUGCUCUGGACCUGAGCAGUCUGCUGAUAGCGCAUCCCAGUCUUACUUGAAAAAUUUGGAAGAGCUGAGGCCAGCUUUAAACUUGCUUUGCUCAGCGAUCAAAGAAAAUGAUAUGGAGCCUCACAGUAAACACUUCUCUGAGCAGCUGCUAAACCUCACGUUGACUUUCCUUAGCAAGCAACUUGAUGACAUUUUUGUGCACACAGAGGAACCUGAUGAAUUCCUGCAGAAGGGUGCAGAUAUUUUAACAGAUUACAUUAUAAGACUCAGAAAAUUUCUGAGGAGAUAUCCUCAACCACAAAUAGAUGCGGUACACGCAGAAAGUCAGCUUGAUGAAGAUAUACCUGCAUUGGAAGAAAGCCACAUGUGGGAAAAACUGACACCAGAGGAAGUCAUUGCUGAGGCCAUCUUAACCAACAAAAUGCCAGAGGCCCAGACCUUCUUCCGAAUGAUGUGUCUUCUGAAGGACAAUACCAGAGAGGCCUCAGAACUUUUAAGGAACAUGGGCUUUGAUGUGAAGGAGGAAUUGCGUAAGAUAUGUUUCUACACAGCUGAUAAACAUGUACGAGAUUUGUUGGUGAAAGUUUUACAAGAAGAAAAUUAUUUUUCUGAGAAAGAGAAGAAAAUGAUAGACUUUGUGCAUCAGGUUGAAAGCUUUUACUCGGAAUCCUUCCAAGAAAAUAAAGAGAUUCAAUCUCUUUCCAGUUUCAAGAACUGGAGAAAGGAGCAAGACCUUUCCAGACAUACAGCUGUUCUGGACUCAUUGCUGAGUUGUGACAGACAUCGGGUUCACAAUCGGAGAGUCAGAGUGAUGUUUAACUGGGCUCAGUGGUGGGAUGAGCUUAUUCAGGAAAUGAUUCUUCUUCCCAGAAAACCACGCCAAGAACUCAAGACGUGUAAUCCUGAGGUUCUUUGGAUGCACUUGACAGCCCAGCAUGACUGGCUUAAUGUUUGUGCAUGGAUUGAAGAAUCAGAGCCCGACCAGACUGCGUGUGGACAAGCUAACUGGCCCCCUCUUACUCCAGACAUUAUUGACCGGAACAUGUUAUGUAGUAGCUAUAUGAGAAAUGAUAUAUUAAACAAGCUGGCUAGAAAUGGAAUUUUUGUCUUCUCUGAGUUGGAAGAUUUUGAAGUUCUGCUCCAAAGACUGUCUUACCUUGGGGGAGUACUGCAAAAUCCUCACCCGGUUCCAAAAUACAGUGCUGCCAGCGGUUUGGACUUCCAUGCUCGUUUCGUCCUUUACUGUUUAGAACAUAAUUUGCAGUAUCUGCUAUACACUUACUUAGACUAUUACAGUUUAUCUCCUUCAAACUGCCCUGUUCUGGAUAACAAGGAAUUGCAUGAAGCACAUCCCUGGUUUGAAUUCCUCGUGCAGUGUCGAGGGGUUGCCAGUAAUCCACGAGAUCCAAAGAUGAUUUUUCAGGCUAGUCUAGCAAAUGCUCAGAUCUUGAUUCCUAGUAAUCAAGCCAGUGUGAGUAGCAUGCUACUGGAAGGACGUACGCUAUUAGCACUUGCUACUACAAUGUAUGCACCUGGAGGUAUUGAUCAGGUUCUUCAGAAUGAAGAUACGGAAAAACCUCUGAAGAAAGUCGAUCCACAGCUCUUAAAAAUGGCAUUGGCUCCUUACCCCAAACUCAAAGCUGCUCUCUUUCCCCCAUGUACUUUGCAUGGAAUUUUGCCACCUGACAUCUCUCUUUACCACCUUGUUCAGUCAUUAGUGCCCUUUGAUCCCACUAAAUUAUUUGGCUGGCAGUCAACAAAUACUCUUGCUGUAUCAGAUGCAUCAAGUGACUUUCCUCAUUUUUCAUCCCCUGAACUGGUGAACAAAUAUGCUGUAAUGGAAAGACUGGAUUUUUUGUACUAUUUGCACCAUGGACGUCCAUCAUUUGCUUUUGGUACAUUUUUGGUCCAGCAGUUAGCAAAGAGCAAAUCCCCCAAACAGUUGAUUCAGCAGGCAGGAGCUGAAGCCCAUAUUUUAGCUCUUUCUGCCUUCAGUGUACCUUCAGUAGUGGCAGCCUGUGUGUGCUUUCUAGAAUUACUCGGACUCGACAGCCUCAAACUCAGGGUCGAUAUUAAAGUUGCAAACAUAAUUUUCAGUUACAGAACUAGAAAUGAAGAAUCUCAGCACAAUCAAAUACGAGAAUCUUUGGUUGAAAAGUUAGCAAAAUUGGCUGGUGGAGAAAAAGCCGGAGCAGCAGAAGUUCUUAUGUCCUUAGAAGAAGCCUUUUGGGAUGCAGUUGAGCGUCAAGGAAUACAGAAGACGUCUAGUGACUCUAGAAGGCAGUGGUCUUUGGUAAUGCAGUUCUGUAAACUCCAUAAUAUCGGACUGAGCACAUCUUACCUAAAGGAGUGUGCCAAAUCCAACGACUGGCUGCAGUUCAUCAUCCAAACCCAGCUGUACAGCUACCAGCCGGAUGAGGUCAUGUCUAUCCUUCAGGAUUUCACUCCCAUUUUACAAGAUCACUUGAAGUUGGCGUUGGAGAAGUUGCCACGUGUAUGUCCCGAUGCAGAGAGUCGUGAAAACAGUGCUGCCAGUGUGUUGGAGAGCAAACCCGCAGACAGUCUCUUUCAAAUCCUUCUUCAGUGCCAGGGCAGCUCCAGCCCUUCACGUUACCUUUUGACCGAAGGACUGAGAGAGCACGCUCCCGUUCUGAGUGUGUUAGCAGCAUGUUUCCAAGAUGCAAACAUUGUUCAUUGUCUCUGUGUUUGGAUAAUUACUACUGUGGAUGGUACUGCCAGAGCUGAAGCAACAAACCAUAUUCAAAGCUCAGCAGAAAAUCACGAAUGGGAUCUUCGUGACCUGUCAGUUAUCUGGAAAGUCUUUUUAAGAAAGCAAAAAAGUAAAACACUCCUAAAUGGCUUCCAGCUCUUUUUAAAGGAUUCCCCUUUACUGUAUGUACUGGAGGUGUAUGAACUAUGUAUGAACUGUAAAAAAUACAAUGAAGCUAAAACUAAACUGGACAAGUUUCAGGAGAGUCUGACAAAACUUAAAACUGAAGAUAAACCAGCAGCUUCAGAACUACCUGUGCCAUGGUUGGAAUCACAAGCACUGUUUCUUCUUGAAUUGAUGAUGCAGCAGUGUAGAACGGACUAUGAAUUAGGAAAGCUCUUACAGCUAUUUGCUGCAGCAGAUAAUCUCCUACUGGAUGGCCCUUACGUGAAGAAACUCUGUGCACUCAGUGAGACCCUGAAGGAUUCCUCCAUAUCAAUCAGUCGCUCCACCCUAACCAGUUACAAUAUGGAGACAUUUCAGAGUGAGUGCCGAUCGAUUCUGGAGCAGCUACAAGAGAAAGGAAUGUUCUCCCUGGCUCGGGAGGUCGCAGCACUAGCGGAACUGCCCGUGGACAGUGUGGUUACGCAAGAGGUUCUAAGGGAUCUGCUUCAUUUGAGAGACAUCGGACAGUGGCAUCAAGACCAGACAAGAACUGAAUUCUGGAAAAAAUGCAAUGACAGCUUCAUGAAAAAUUCAAUCUCUAGCAAAGCUGCAUCUGAUUUUUUUUUUGAUCAGGCAAACACAGUAUUUGAAUCUUUAGCUCCUGAGAAGAUAAGCAGCAUUAUGGAGAGACAUUGCAUUAUGGAGAGACUUUUGUUGCUUCCCCUGGCUGGCCAUUGGCUAGCCAAGAAUGACUCAGUGUCACUGCACAAAUUAGAGGAAAUAGAGAAGGAGAUCUGGAUUUGUCGCAUCACACAACGAACAUUGUCCACAGAUGAGGGGUCAGGCAAGUCGAGAUUUUCCUCCCACGUUGUAGUGAACAAGGAUCUUACCUUUGAUAACUUAGCUAAGGAGUUUUCUUUUUCGAAGCUACCUGCUCUGAACACACCAAAGUACUUAAAACUAGAGGGUCUUGCAUUCAGAGAGACUCAACAGACCUUGACUAACGAUGAGGAGGAAGCACUCAAGUUUCUGAUCGGCUGCCUUCUUGAUGAAGGAAGCGUGCAUGAAGCCAGCCGUGUUUGCCAGUAUUUCCAUUUCUACGACAGAGAUGUUUCGCUGGUAUUGCAUUGCAGAGCCCUGGCCUCGGGGGAGACUGAUCUAGACAAGUUACACGCCGAUAUUCAGACUCUCCUUGCAGCAAGAGAGCAGCCCUCUGAAGGCGGUGCGUCUCAGCAGAGCAGAGCCCCGAGCGCAUCAGGCUUAGAAGACUGGACACACAUUGUGGCCCCAUCUCUAGAUGAUCCAGUUGUUGUCAGUCUGAAGGCUCUCAUAGAUGAAUGCGUCCAUGGGAGAAACUACUGCAGACAGGUUCUCUGUUUAUAUGAACUUUCUAAGGAAUUGAACUGCUCCUACAGUGAAAUGUCAGCCCACGACCCUGAGAAAGUUCUUCGAGCCAUUCUGUCGUCCCGCCAGGCAGACAGAGGCAGGAAGGCUCAGGCGUUCAUCAGCACGCAGGGUCUCCAGCCUGAAACCGUGGCAGAGCUGGUGGCUGAAGAAAUCAUGCAGGAGUUACUGGCAUCGUUGGAAGGGAAAGGGCAGAAACACGUUUUCAACCCUGCAGCUGAGAGCCAGGCAUUCCUACAGCUUGCUAAGCUGUGCCAGGAUCGUACGUUGGUUGGCAUGAAGUUACUGGAUAAAGUUUCCUCCGUGCCACGUGGGGAACUGGCGUGCAUUACAGAAUUGCUGAUUUUGGCUCACAGUUGCUUUAGUUUGACUUGCCACAUGGAAGGGAUCACCAGAGUCCUCCAAGCAGCACGGCUGCUCACAGAUGAACAUCUGGCACCCAGUGAGGAGUACGGCCUCGUGGUCCGUCUGCUCACGGGAAUCGGCAGAUACAACGAGAUGACCUACAUAUUUGAGCUGCUGCAUGAGAAACACUACUUUGAAGUGCUCAUGAGAAAGAAGUUAGACCCAAGCGGGACGCUGAAGACAGCUCUGCUGGAUUACAUCAAGCGCUGUCGCCCAGGGGACAGUGAAAAGCACAACAUGAUAGCCCUCUGCUUCAGUAUGUGCCGAGAAAUCGGGGAGAAUCACGAGGCUGCUGCCUGCAUACAGCUUAAACUGAUUGAAUCUCAGCCUUGGGAGGAGUCUCUUCAGGAUGUUGCAAAUUUAAAGAGGCUGCUGAUGAAAGCUCUGACUCUCUUUAUUGAUGCAGCAGAAAGUUAUUCUAAGGACUCCUGUGUCCGGCAGUCCUUGCGCUGCAGUCGGCUAACGAAGCUGAUCACCCUCCAGCUGCACUUCCUCAACACUGGUCAGAGCACCAUGCUGAUCAACCUGAACCGGCAGAACCUGAUGGACUCCAUCACCUCCUUGCCUAGGUUCUAUCAGGCGGCCAUUGUGGCUGAGGCUUACGAGUUUGUUCCCGACUGGGCUGAAGUUCUGUAUCAACAAGUGAUCACCAGGGGAGACUUCACUUACUUAGAGGAAUUCAGACAACAGAGACCACUGAAGCCAAGCAUGUUUGAGGAGAUUGCCAAGAAAGUUGCGCAACGCCCGGCUACUGAUGCUGCUCUGAAAAACCUGAAGAAGCUGCUGGCUUACUGUGAAGAUGUCUACACCCACUACAGACUGGCUUACGACAACAAGUUCUACGAUGUGGUAAACACGCUUCUGAAGGAUGCGCAGACGGGCUGUUGCCUUAACGACAUGUUAGCGAACUAG